AUGAACAUAAAAAAAAUAAUUAAUUAUAACAAUUUUAAGAGGACAAAUGUAUGGGGAAGCAUAAUAAGUAAGGGUUCGCAUUUUAGUACUCAGCAUGGACACUAUGAUAAGAAUGAAAGAAUUUGUAAUUUUGGAUUUGAAAAAGUAAGCGAAGAAAUAAAAUCUAGAUUAGUCCAUAACCUAUUCAGCAACGUAUGUAAUAAAUACGAUAUUAUGAAUGACAUGAUGAGUUUACUUUUACAUCGUAUAUGGAAAGAUCAAUUUGUAAAAGAAUUAGAUAUACUUUUAAAAUAUCAUAGUUAUAAAAUACAAGAUCAUGUAUAUCAACAUUAUAAAGAUUAUUCAUCAAAAAAUGAAAACAAAUCUGAUACGAAUAUGAAUAAUAAUAAUAAUAGUAAUAAUAAUACGUAUAAUAUAUUUUCAGAUAUACCAAAUUAUAAUAUACUCGACUUAGCAGGAGGGACAGGUGAUAUUGCUUUUCGUAUUCUAGAAAAAAGUAAAUUUUUUUUAAAAAAAAAUAAUCAAUCGAUUCCUUUUGAUAAUAUUUCUUAUCAACAAUAUCUUCCUAAUAUCAUCGUUUGUGAUGUUAACAAUGAUAUGUUAAAUGUUGGUAAAAAAAAAGCAACUACAUUAGGUUAUGAUAAAAAUUUGACUUGGAUAGUUCAAAAUGCAGAAAAUCUAGAAUCAAUAGAAUCCAAUUCUAUAGAUGUAAUUACUUUAUCUUUUGGUAUUAGAAAUUUUACUAAUAUUCCUCAAGCAUUAAAAGAAAUACAUCGUGUUUUAAAACCAGGAGGCAGAUUCUUAUGUUUAGAAUUUAGUAAGGUUCAAUGCCAUAUAUUUAAUAUCUUCUAUAAAUUCUAUCUCAAUAAUGUAAUACCUAUAAUUGGAAAAGUAGUAGCAAAUGAUAUGCAUGCAUAUAAAUAUCUAGCAGAAAGUAUUCAAACAUUUCUGACACCUCAUGAAUUAGCUCAAUUAUUUCAUCAAGCCAAUUUUAAAAAUAUAACUUACACCACCAUGACUAUGGGUAUCGUCGCCAUACAUUCAGCAUACAAGGUGCUAUAA